AUGUGGGGCGCUUGCAACGUAAAGGUUCGCGAUUGCUUAGCCGCCACUUCCGUCACUCUGAGACGGUACCUGAAAUUGGGAGCGACCAUGGCAAAGAGCAAGUUCGAGUACGUGCGGGACUUCGAGGCUGACGACACGUGCCUGGCCCACUGCUGGGUGGUGGUGCGGCUGGACGGCAGGAACUUUCAUCGGUUUGCUGAGAAGCACAACUUUGCAAAACCUAAUGACGGCCGUGCUCUCCACCUAAUGACCAAAUGUGCCCAGACUGUAAUGAAAGAACUCGAGGAUAUUGUGAUUGCAUAUGGACAGAGUGAUGAGUAUAGCUUUGUGUUCAAGCGAAAAAGCAAUUGGUUUAAAAGAAGAGCCAGUAAGUUCAUGACUCACGUGGCCUCCCAGUUCGCCUCCAGCUACGUGUUUUACUGGCGGAAUUACUUUGAGGACCAGCCCCUUCUGUAUCCUCCAGGCUUUGAUGGCAGAGUCGUGCUGUAUCCUAGCAACCAGACCCUAAAGGACUACCUCAGCUGGCGGCAAGCAGAUUGUCACAUCAAUAAUCUUUAUAAUACAGUUUUCUGGGCACUUGUACAACAGUCUGGACUAACACCAGCACAAGCCCAAAAGAGAUUACAGGGAACUCUUGCAGCUGACAAAAAUGAAAUUUUGUUUUCUGAAUUCAACAUCAACUACAACGAUGAGCCACUGAUGUAUAGGAAAGGGACUGUGUUGGUAUGGCAGAAGGUGGGUGAAGUCACAACAAAAGAAGUUAAGCUGCCAGCAGAAAUGGAAGGAAAACAGAUGGCAGUGACCCGGACCAGGACUAAGCCAGUACCCUUAUACUGCGAUAUCAUCGGGGAUGCUUUCUGGAAGGAACAUCCAGAGGUCCUAGAUGAAGACAGCUGACCCUUUCCUUUUCAGUCGUGGCAUGCUUAACUCUGCAAGGCCCCAAAGUCUCCUGGCCUUAGGUGGCUCGAGCAUCCCUGCCACCCAGAACACUGUGCCAGGAGUGACAUGACUCUGGUUGGGAGGGGAACAGGAAAGGAAAGAAUGGAUGGGGUAAUGUACCUUGUUCUGCUUUUUAAGUAGAACACCUCUUUUGCAGUGUUGGAACAUGGUUCCUUUGGUAGAAGUGCAUCUUUUUUUAAAUCGUGGUACUAUUUUUAUAAAGCAAGAACUGUUUUAUGCCUUCUAGAAUGAA